AUUGCCAGUUUUUAAACACGAGGAGUCAAAUCCCUCACCAAGAAAUGAGGCCAAGCUGCUGCGAUUCCAGUACGUGCUGUGUGCAGCCACAUCACCAGCAGUCAAACUGCAUGAAGAAACUCUGACCUAUCUCAACCAAGACCGCUCCAUGUCAUUCUGUGACCUAAAAUGUAACUGAAAGUAGGGUUAAAACGCUCUGCUAUGGACAUUCCUUUGAGGUUUUAACCCAAUGAACUUUGAACUGAUAGCACCAAUUACAUUCCUCUCCAUUGAGCAAUGCUACCCUGAAGACUGAAGCGAUUAUUACUUUUGGACAUCUGAACCCACUCGUAACUUACACAGAUUUGCAUUGCCUUUGGGCAACCCAAGCAGCCCUUGAUACAAAUACCAGCAGCUGAGGUUACUGUGGAGAGUAAACCUCGGUGAAGUUCUUUAGACGAGAAGGAGCUGAAAUUCUUAUGCACAACCUAAAAACAAAAAAAUGUUGCGUGAAACUCGGGCUGAUUUAACGAGGUAGAGAGCUUCAGGCAUUGUAGAUUCAACCAAUGAAGACUAUGGAGGUUACAGAUUUAUUUAUUUAUUUAACUGCAUUUAAAUUCCCUCACUCGUGUGCUGGGAUUUGAACUCGGUUCUCCGGAUCAUUAUCCAACAGGAGCUCAUCCCUCCUCCUACCCAUGUCACUGGUAUUGAUAAGGACCACGACUUCCGGCUGUUUACCCUCCUCCCCUACCUCCCAUCCUAGGAGGGAUAUACAUCGAAAGGGUCAUUGCAUAUUAGGUCAUUAAUGACAAAUGUGGACAGUCUCAUUGAAGUCAGUAUAUUAUUUCUGGGUCUAGCCUGCCUUUAGUUUAAAAUACCAAUGAAAAAUGUUGAGGCAAUGCAGCUACAAGAAUGAAAAUCUCGCACUGUCAGCCAGUAUUAUGUUUACUUUUGAACUAUUAAAUCAAUUUUUAAUAUAUUGAAUAAUCUGCCUAUAGCAAAGUUUAAAGUUUGCAUUGAAUGAAAUUGGAAAUGUCUUUGAAUUAAAAUAAUUAGCUAGUUAAUUUUUAUGUCAUAAUUAGUAACAUUGCUCUUUUUAAUUGAAAAUAACUGGUUUGUUUGAUUAUGAAAAUGUGUACUGUUUCAAGCGGACAUGUCAAGUAUUUCUGUUUGCCUGCAUGUUGCCAAAUGUGUGGCAUCCAUUUUCUGUUGACAAUCGGAUACCUACACAUUGAAGUGUUACUGAGUUUGUGCGGGAAUCCUUUACCCCAGAACAUAAGAGUUAACAGAAAUGUUGAAUUUUGAUCGUUUCUGGGUUAAACGAUGGGGAGGGACUGAAACAGCACUGAGGACUUUCGAAAGUGUUUUGUUUUUUUAAAACCAAACAAGAAUUGUGGGAGCAGCCAACCAUUCCUGAAGUGAAUAAAGAAUUGUGCAGGAGAGGAUGAAAAGAAGCUGCAAUUGUCGGGCAGCAGUAAGAACUGUUGAUUCCAAGAUCCUCUCAGUUCGAACAACUAUCAAAAGACGUUCUUAUAAAGGGUAAUUGACGAAUUAUGGACUUGCUUGAAUUUUGAGGGCCAAUCCUACGAAAUCCGUAUGGUUGACAACAAAAAACUGGAAGACAGUCAAGAAAUAUUUGGAAAAUACGUAAAGAGCAUUAUCCGUGUGGUUUUUCACGACCGGCGCUUGCAGUACACUGAGCGCCAGCAGCUGGAGGGCUGGAGGUGGAAUCGGCCUGGAGAUCGCAUUCUGGAUCUGGACUUGCCUCUGUCGGUUGGCAUCCUGGAACCUUGGGCAGAUCCACUGCAGCUAAACUGUGUUGAGUUUCUCUGGGAACCCACCAAAAGGACUUCAGUCUUUGUUCAGGUCCAUUGCAUCAGUACUGAGUUCACUCCCAGGAAACAUGGUGGGGAGAAAGGAGUUCCAUUCAGAAUUCAGAUUGACACGUUCAAACAAAACGAGAACGGUGAAUAUACAGAGCACCUCCACUCUGGCAGCUGCCAGAUCAAAGUGUUUAAGCCUAAGGGUGCUGAUCGAAAACAGAAGACUGACCGGGAAAAGAUAGAAAAACGUACAAUCCAGGAGAGAGAAAAGUAUCAACAGUCAUUUGAAACGACAAUCCUUGCAGAGUGUUCCCCUUGGCCUGAUUCCCCGUACUUUAACUGUAAUUCUUCCGUGGGCUGUAAUACUCUGCCUGUUGGCUUCAGUGUCUAUGAAGGAAAUUGUUUACCGACAGACCAGGAAGAGGUUCUGCCUUUGAGUACUGAAUAUCUGUUGCCCACAGCCUCCAACCAGGACGUACAACAAUGGCUGACCAGAAACCGGUUCUCAUCUUUCUGCCAGUUAUUUGUUAAUUUCUCAGGUGCAGAUAUGCUGAAAAUGUCUAAAGAGGACUUGAUCCAGAUUUGUGGUCCUGCCGAUGGAAUCAGACUCUUUAAUGUAAUCAAGGGAAGAAACAUCCAUCCAAAACUGACCAUUUAUUUGUGUCAGAACCCUGAGCAGUAUCUUGAGAAUAAUCCUCACAAACAGCAGAGCAGAGGAGUUGUGGACACUUCAUAUGUAUUCCAUGCAAUCUUUUUGGAAGAGCUGACAGCGGUAGAAUUAACUGAGAAAAUAGCAAAAAUGUACAGCAUUUCUCCGCAGCAGAUUAACCAGAUCUACAGACAGGGACCCAGUGGGAUCCACGUGCUUGUCAGUGAUGAGAUGGUUAAAAAUUUCUGCAAUGAGAUUUGCUUUGUCGUCUGCAUCUUGAAAGCUGAGCAAAGUGAUGGAUACCACAUCAUCUUAAAGUGAAUAGGGUGGACAAUCCCUCAAAUACCAGGAGGCAGAUUCAGAUUACACAUUGUUUGGACAUCCUUUUGUUAAACAUGGAGAACUACCCAGAAAACAGGCCAAAGAAAAAGAAUUGGUUAUACUACCAAAACUGAGGUGGUCCGAAAUCCUCAGGGCAUAAAAUAUUUUUUUCACUGAGGACUAGGCAAGAAAGCUCUGCUUCAUGUUAUAUCAGCUAUCUUACAUGGUAUAAUUUUAGUGAUUUUGUUUCUGGUUUUUACUGUUGGGCUCAAUAACCACCUUUCCCCACUCCCUUUGGGUUUUGGGAUUAAUAGUAGUGUUUGCAGAUCUCAAGAAAAGUAAAAAAAAAUGAUGGAAAUAAUGCUCAAAAAUAAUUGCUGUCAUCCCAAAACCCCAUUUAAUAAUAGAUGUAAUAAUACAGUAAUGGACAUUGACUUCUUGGAUAGCCAGUGACGAUGAGGUCAUUUUGCUGCUCUGGACUGCAAUACUGUAGCAUUUUGUGUUCUGGGGAUUAAAUAGAUUGAUUUCUUGUGAUGAUAAUGCCCACAAGUUAACCAUCGCAUUCUGCAAUGUUCAGACUCUGUGUCAGUUUAUGGGGCCGAGGCAUUUUUAACCACCUGUUUAUUUUCAUUAUGCAGGGCAUUUCUGUCUGUUUCCAUUCGUAUAGGAAGAGACCGGUGACAGUGCACUGAACUUCUAGUUUUCUAAAGCUUGUGGUUAUGAGCAUUUUCCAAUUGGAUGUUAGUGUUCAGAUAGUUAAAAUACAGUUUGCUCUGUGGUGUCACAUUUGAGCAGAUGGGAGUCUAGGUGCACACCAUGACAUUAAAUUUACCCUUCAGUAAUUUUUGGAACAGCUAUAGAAUGUAUUUUUUUCUUUACUGAAUUUGGUGAAUGUAUGCUUAAGAACCUAAUUUUGUUUUCUACUGAAUUAACCAAAUGAUGACUGGAUAUGAGAUAAAAACAUUUGUGACAUUGUAAACACUAAAUAAAUAUGAGUUUAUAAGUAUUUCAUUGAUAUGAUUGUGUGCAUCAAUGUAAAAUUUAAAUUGGUUUAUUAUUGUCACGUACUGAGAUACAGUGAAAAGCUUCUCUUGCAUACUGUUCUUACAGAUCAGAUCAUUGCUGCUUACAUGUUGUACAAAUCUUUGGCUAUUACAGAGUGUACUGAGGUAGAACAAGGGAAAACAAUAACAAUGCAGAGUAAAGUGUAACAUCUACAGAGAAAGUGCAGUGCAGGUAAACAAUAAGGUACAAGGUCAUAAAGAAGUAGAUUCUGAGAACAAGAGUCCAUCUUAUCAUACUAGAGGACCACUAGACCUCUUUUCUGUUCACAAAGCAAAUUCUAAUUUGAAUACUUCUAUUGCUUAAAGAAAUUCAUUUGUACAAUUGUUCAGAAUGCAAAAGGUCAUACAGUUUGCUAAUUAUUAUCUUUCAGUGAUGUAAUAUUUCCUUAAAUUUCUACAUAAUGUAUACUUUAAUAAUACACUUGUCUACAAUGUUUACACAAAUAUACAUUAUUUUCCAAGGCACAUAGAAGUUGUUCAGGAAGGCCUUGAGGCUCUUCACUUCCUUCUGGACAAAAGACAUAACCAGUUCCCCUCCAACACCAUACGUCUCAGUCUGGCAGAAUUUAUUCUCACCCUCAACAAUUUCUCAUUCAACUCCUCCCACUUUCUCCAAACCAAAGCUGUAGCCAUGGGAACUCUAUGGCUCCCAGCUCCAUCUACCUUUACACCAACUUUCUGGAACAGUCCAUGUUCCAAGCCUACAGUGGUAAUGCUCCCAACUCUUCCUGCACUAUACUGAUGAUACAUUGGUGCUGCUUCCUUUGCCUGUAACUUCCACCCUGCCCUCAAAUUUACUCUCCUUUCUUGAUCUGUCUCCAUCUCUGGAAACAGAUUAUACACUAACAUCUUUUACAAACCACUGAGUCUCACAGCUGUCUGGACUGGUCCUCUUCCCACCCUGUCACUUGUAAAAAUGCUAUUCCUUUUUCACAGUUCUUCUGCCUCUCAACGAUGAUUUACAUUUCAGAAUCUCUGGGAUUCCCUUUCAUUUAAAAAAAAAAAGCAGGUUUUCCCUUCCACUAUCAUCAAUGUCGCCCUCACCCAUAUAUCCUCCAUUUCCCCCAUACCUACUCUCACUCCCUCUUCCCACUGUCAUAACAGGAAUAGAAUUCUCCUUGUCCUUGUUCUUGGCCACAAGCCUCUGUAUCCAGCAAAUCAUUCUCUAUAGCCUCUGCCACGUGUUGUGCAAUGAACCAGAAAUAAUUAGAGAGCUUAAGGUAAAAGAACCCUUAGGGGAAAAGUGAUUAUAAUAUGAUCAAAUUCAUGCUGAAAUUUGAGAAGGAGAAGCUAAAGUCAGGUAUAUCAGUAUUAUAGUGGAGUAAAGGGAAUUACAGAAGGACGAGAGGAGUUGGCCAGAAUUGAUUGGGAAAAGAAUACUUGCAGGGGUGGCAGCAGAGCAGCAAGCAGCAAUGGCUGGAAUUUCUGAAAGCAAUUGGGAAGACACAGACACAGACACCAUUCCCCCCCACCCCGAGAGGAAGGAGUAUUCUUAAAGGAAAGAUGACAGAACCAUAGCUAACAAGAGAAGUCAAGGCCAUUAUUAAAGCCAAAGAGAGGGCAUAUAAUAAAGCAAAGAUUAGUGGGAAGUUCGAGGAUUGGGAUGCUUUUAAAAACCAACAGCAGGCAAUUAAAAAGUCAAUAAGAAGGUAAAGAUGGAAUAUGAAAGUAAGCAAGCCAAUAAUAUUAAAGGGGCUACCAAAAGUUUCUUCAGAUGCACAAAGUGUAAAAGAGAGGUGAGAGUGAAUAUCAAACUGCUGGAAAAUGAUGCUGGAGAGGUAGUAAUUGGGGACAAGGAAAUGUCGGAUGAACUGAAUAAGCAUUUUACAUCAGUGUUCACUGUGGAAGACAUUAACAGUAUGAUGGAAGUUCCAGGUGUCAGGGGGCAUUAAAGUGUGUGAAGGUACCAUAAAUAGAAGGUUCUUGGGAAACUGAAAGGUAAAUAUGUCACCUGGACCAGGUGGUGUUCACCCCAGAGUUCUGGAAGAGGAGGCUGAAGAGAUCAUGGAGGCAUUAAUAAUGAUCUUUGAAGAAUCGCUAGACGCUGGAAUGGUUCUGGAAGACUGGAAAAUUCCAAAUGUCAGUCCACACUUCAAGAAGGGAGAGAGGCAGAAGAAAAGAAGCUAUCAGCCAGUUAGUCUGACCUCAGUGGUUGGGAAGAUGUCAGAGUUGAUUAGUAAGGAUGAGGUUGCAGGGUACUUGGAGACACGUGACAAAAUGGAUCAUAGUCAGCAUAGCUUCCUCAAGGAAGAAAACUUGCCUGACAAAAACAAGCAGGAUAGACAAAAGAGAAUCGAUUGAUGUGGCGUACUUGGAUUUUCAGAAGGCCUUUGACAAAACAGCACACAUGAGGCUGCUUAAGAAACUAAAGGCCCUUGGUAUUACAGGAAAGAUUCUAGUAUGGAUAAUACAGUGGCUGAUUGGCAGGAGGAAAAGAGUGGUAAUAAAGGGAGCCUUUUCUGACUGGUUGCCGGUGACAAGUGGAAUUCUACAGGGGUCUAUGUUGGGACUGAUUCUUUGUACCUUGUAUGUCAAUGAUUUGCGUGAUGGAAUUUAUGGCUUUGUUGUAAAGUUUGUAGACAAUAUGAAAAUAGUUGGAGGGGCAGGUAGUUUUGAGGAAGUAUAGAGGCUACAGAAGGGCUCAGACAGAUUAGGAUAAUGGAAAAAGAAAUGGCAGAUAGAAUACAGUGUUGGGAAGUGUAUGGCCAAGCACUUUGGUAGAAGAAAUGAAAAGGUUGCCUAUUUUCUAAAUGGAUUAAAAUACAAAAACACUGAGAAGCAAGGAGACUUGGGAGUUCUUGUGCAGGAUUCUCUAAAGGUUAAUUUGCAGGUUGAGUCUGUGGUGAGGAGGGCAAAUGCAAUGUUAGCAUUCAUUUCAAGAGGACUAGAAUAUAAAAGCAAGGAUGUAAUGUUGAAACUUUAUAAAGCAUUGAUGAGGCCUCACUUGGAAUAUUGUGAGCAGGCUUGGGUGUCUUAUUAUAGAAAGAAAGUGUUGAAACUGGAGAGGGUUCAAAGAAAGUUCCUGAAAAUGAUUUCAGGUUUGAAUAGCUUGUCAGAUGAAGUGCAUUUGAUGGCUCUGGACCUGUAUUCACUUGAACUCAGAAGAAUGAGUGGUGACCUCAUUGAAAAUUAUUGAAUGGUGAAAGGCCUUGAUAGAGUGGAUGUGGAGAGGAUAUUCGUUAUGGUGGGAGAAUCUAAGACCAGAGGACACAGCUUCAGAAAGGAGUGUCAUCCUUUUAGAAUGGAAAUGAGGAGGAAUUUCUGUAGCUAAAGGGUGGUAAAUCUAUGGAUUCCUUGGCCACAGGCAGCUGUGGAGGCCAAGUCUUUACGUAUAUUUAAGGCAGAUGUUGUUAAAUUCUUGAUUGGUUUGAGCAUGAAAGGAUACAGGGAGAAGGCAGAAAAUUGAGGUUGAGAGGAAAUUGGAUCAGCCAUGAUGAAAUAGUGCAGCAGACUCGAUGGGCCAAGUGACCUAAUUCUGCUCCGAUAUCUUAUCGUCUUAUCUGCAAUGGGACCUAACUACUAGGCACAUCUUUCCCUUCUUUGUGCCCCACCAUUUCGUUACACUUUCUGUAGGGAUCACUCUCUAUGUGACUCUGGCCACUCAUUGUUCCGCACUGAUCUCCCUACUGGUACUUAUCCCUGCAGGUAGCACAAGUGCUACACCUGCCCGUUGAGAUCAUCUACCUUGUCCAGUAUUCCUGGUGCAGAUUCCUCUACAUCAGUGAGACCUGACAUAGGUUAGGGGACUACUUUGCUGAACAGCUUCGCUCUGUCGACUGCAACAGCAGGAUUUCCAGGUGCCAUCCAUUUCAACCUGACUCCCCAUUCCAAUACCGACAUGUCAGCCUACUGCCAUACUCAAGUUAAAGGAAAUAUACCCCAUAUUCCUUAUAUCCUAAUGGCGUUAACAUUAAUUUGUCUAACUUAUGAAAGUCACUCCCAUCUUUCUUCCCCCUCUUCCCAUUCCCCAUUAUGGUGGUGUACCUUCUCCUUCUCUUCUCCUUCUCUUCCCCUCAUGACCUGCCCCUCUUCUCCCUCUGGUUCCCCACCUCCUUACCUUUCUUCCAUGGUCCAUUGUCCUCUCCUAUUAGAUUCCUUCUUUCUCAGCCCUUUACCUCUUCCAUCUAUCAUAUUCCCAACCCCCAGCUUCUUUCAUCAGCUGCCACCCACUCACCUUCACUUCACCUGGUCUCACCUGUCACCUGCCAACUUGUCCUCCACCCCCUUGCCUUCCUUAUUCUGGCUUCUGCCCUCUUCUUUUCCAGUCCUGAUGAAGGGGUUUGGCCUAAAAUGUUGACUGCUUAUUUCUCUCCAUAGAUGCUACCUGGCCUGCUGAGAUCCUCCAGCAUUUUGUGUGUGUCACUCUGGAUUUCCAGCAUCUGCAGAAUCUCUUGUGUGUAAUGUAGGGGUUCUCAACUUUUUUCUGCCACGGGCCCCUUCCAUUAACUGAGGGGUCCAUAAGUCCCAGGCUGGGAACUGCUGGUCUAGAGGUUGCUCUUGCAAUCUUUUUCAUGCAAACCAACACUGAGUUCUGUUAAGAAAUUCUGCUACCAUCAUUAAAACUAGAAGUUUAAAAAAAACACGAUUGAUCCCUUUUUAGCCCUGCUUUUCCAAUGUGUGCUUUCAGUUCUCUCCUUAUUCCAUGUUUCAUUACUAAGGAGCAAAAUCAGCCAACCUAUUUCUUCUCAGCCCUUGCCUUGGGUCUUGUGGAUUUGUAGCUUUGUCACAGUAUCCCGACUGGGAUAUGGAGAACUAGGAAUGAAGCAUAGAGAAAGUGCUUCCUUUAGAAAAAGGCAUAUUUUUAAAACUGACAGAUAGUACCUGAGGUACUUUUUUAAAAAAAAAAUUUGGCUAAUGGGACUUAGAUGGUUUGUUGAAUUUCUGGAGAUUUGGAUUAAUCCAGCCCAGUUUCUCUAAUCUCUGAAUGUUCUCCAGAUAUUACAGAGGUAAAAACAAAGGACUAUGGAUGGUAUAUGUACAUCUGAAGAGUUGAUCAUGUAUUUUUUAAACUUCUACUUUUCAACUUGGCAGCAGAAUUUCUUGAAAGAACUUCUCAGUGUUGCCUUGCAUGAAAGAGGUUGCAAAAGCAGCCUCUAGAGAUUCUGCAGAUGGGCAAAUCCAGACUAACACAGACCAAUGCAGGAGGAACUCAAUAGGUCAGGCAGUCUCUGUAGAAAUGAAUAAACAGUUGGUGUUUUGGUCCAAAACUCUUCAAAAUUCUAGAAGUACUCGGCAAGUCAUACAAAAUCUUUGGAGACAGAAGAUGCAUUGAUAUUUCAAGUCAAUGACCUCUCAACAGAACUUUGUAGAACGUGUAAUCAUAUUAGCCAUGGAAUGAGUUCUGUUUCGCAGUUAUGAAUUGCAUGUGACUACAUAUAACACUUAAUCAGUUUGGCAUGAACCUGUAAAAAUGAAAGGUAAUGAUGAAAGUGUUUGGAACAGACAGACGUUGCGUGAAUGAUUAAGUUUGAGGAUGGACAUAUAGACAUCCAGCUAGUGCACUGUCAGUUGAUUUAUGGAAUGGUUUCCUGAUGCAGAAGAUCUCCUUUGGAUCCUGUUGAAGCCAAAGUGUAUCUACUGACUUCUGACUGAAUUAAUGGGUCGUGUUUCAAAUUCCAUGUAAACAGUGCUGUUGUAAGUUGCUAAUUUACAGGUGCCUGUGGGAGUUGAUAUUCUGUUUAACUGUGACCAUGCAUUGCAAUAACAUUGCUCUGCAUGGAUUUUAUGGAUAUGACCUUUUUAUGAAUGAAUUUACUGUAGCAAAGCUUCAAGCUAAUUUCCCAUUUUGUAGUAUUUCUAUUUUAAUCCAGGGCUGAGUGCGUGCGUAUGUGUGUUUUUGUGUGUUAGUUUAAAGUAGUGACACUAUUUCAUCUGUUUUAAAAAUGUUUUUAUUUUUGUGUCAGUAAAACAUAGCACACUGAAUAAUGUAAUUGUCUUAAUGAUGGAUGAGGCUACCAAUGUGAAUAGUUUCGACAUGCCUCCAAGGAUAUGCCGCUACUGGAGCAGUCACUGGGAUAAUGUACUCUGAUACAUAAUUGGCAGGAUUAUAGACACUAAAGGGGGAGGGUGGCUUGUUUAAUAACAUUUGGUUCAAUAAUAAUGAAUAUUGUUACAUUUUUAAAUAUGAAUGCAUCUUUGCACUGGUGAUUGUACACUUGUUCAAGAGAAAAAGAGAUUUGUUACCUGCAGGUCUGUACCCUUGUCAAUUAAACCCAAAUAAAUAUACUUUUUAUAGCAAGA